UUAAACCACCAGAAACGAUGUGGGAAUUACCUAAUUACGAUAGCAUAGACAUAAUGCCGGGAAUAGAACCAGAAAACACUCAACUUCCGGUAUUUGUUCGCGAUCCGCCUAUUACUGUAAAAGUACGAAGAAGAAACAUGACUAUGGCACCAAACGAUGUCCGACUUUGGCCAAAAUACAAAAGGUCCAAGUACAGGAGGGAAAGGUUAAACGUUGGUACAGAAACCUACAAUGAGAACAAUCUACAAUUUACACAACAGCAUGCAAUAACACAAAAUUAUAUGAAUACAACAAACAAUUUUUUACACGAUUCGCUGAUAAUGCAGAACCUACGAAAUUCAUCAAUAAGAAGAUUCAAUAAAGGUAUUAAACCUUUAAGAGAAUUAAAGUUUACUCGAGAUUUUUUAGAAAUGAUGACACCAAAAUCAACUAUGAAAACUACAUCAUUUCCGUUAUUUUUUAUAACUUCGAAUUAUUUGCGUAAGAUAAAACCAAAUCCCUUUAACGAGGUAGUUCUAUUACCACGUGGAUUUACCUUUCCUACCACAACCGAUGAAAAUAAACCUACAGAAUUUGAUAUUUCCGAUACGCUGAAUCGUUUUCUUGAAGAUGUGAAAAAGCUAGCAGAGGAGUAUUACUUGGUGAAACGCUUAAAAGAUUCUGAUGAAAAUUACAUGAAACGUGAUGAAAAGAAAGCCAAUACUAUUGUUAUUAUGGCCAGAGCUGAUGAUGAAAGUACUACUACUUCAGACACAUCUACGACGUCAACGACUGCUGCAGUUGAAAAUACAACUACUGAAGUUAAAAAAAAUGAUACAACCGUUAAAGACGAAAGUAAUGAAGAAUGUGCAACAAUUAUGGCUGAAGAUGGUGCUAAUAAUCGAACUGCAGUUAAUAAAACAAUGCCAGGAGGAAUUAUGGAAGAAGUUAAACCGGAAUCUACCGGUACGGGUGAACAUAAUCCAGAUGAUAAGAGUUGUCCGGAAGGGAAGUUCUUUCACUUAUCGAAAGAAGCCUUGGAAAAAGUGGAGCUCACGACGCCAAAGAACGAAUCUUGCGGAAAAGUUCAUUGUCACUCAAACACCUAUACCGUGUACGAUGAAAAGCUUCCCACAACUAAACUGAAAAAAAGUGCCGGUAUAUGGAGAAAUUGGCGUCAUACUACGUAUUCUCCACUGAGAAAAUCACAAAUUAGAUCAAGUAGGAAAAAGAAAAUGAGAGUGGAAUUGCAGGAUGAUGUGGAGGAAAUCAAUUUGUAUUUGAGACGGACACGAAGCGUGGAAUCCAACGAUAACAUGAUUAAAGAGCUGCAGGAGGUGCUGAAAGAUGUAGAAUCCAUAAAGACCGGAAAAACCCUAGCGGAAGGAGCUAUUAUGUCCGGUGAGUGCGGUGUGUACGGAUCUUGGAUGUCUGAAAUGGCAGGUCGUUUCAUAGAUCUAAAUAUCGAUAUGACGGCGACCCUUCGAAAACCGAUUCUGAAGAACCAGCUGGGUUUCAUGGGAAAACUGACGUGGAACAUUACGUUCAGAAGACCCUUCGUUUCCAAGAAAAAUUAUAUUAUUCUACAUGCAAUACAGAAGAAGGAGAAGUUGUUUGCAAUUUACAUGGGUGAGUGCAGGGUUUGCAGGCAACGCGAGAUCAUACAAGGGCAGUGGCUUGUCACAAGACAUUCUAGGGAUUGUGAAGGGUUGGGCGCCACCGAGCAGUUAGUUGGUGAUGUUUGGAGGAAAGAUAAGAUCCAGGAGAUGAAAAGGAACCGACUUAAAAUGCUCAAAAGUGAUCAAGUCGCAGAAAUAUCCCCGGAUCCGUUCAGCGAUGAAACAACAACCAGCGUACCUCCAAAAAGUAGUAUUUAAUUUAAGUUUUCUAUUUAUACAU